AUGACGAGAGAUGAUGUGAAGUCCUGCAGCUUCUGCUGCAUUAUUUUCCACGAUCCAGCAAUGUACUACCUCCAUCGCAGCAUGCACGACAAGAUGGAUGUCAGAUGCUGCAACUUAUGUGGGAAACUGCUUCUGGACAAAUAUGACUUUACUGCGCAUUUUUUGAGCCAGCACAAGUGA